CAAAAUAAACACCCAAAAAUAGCUGUGCACUGUUGACAUUUAUUAAUUUACAUUGAAACAAAGAAAGAAAAUUUUCAAUUAAUUAAAUAACAACGAAAUAGGUUCCAAAUUUUAAAAAAAUCGAUUCAAUACGGUGAUAAGGUAAAUUUUGUAAAAUUGAUAAGUCAAAAUUUAAAGGGAAACAGCCGAAGACACAAUGAACACCACAAAUGAUUGGCAGACGUCUUGUGCGAAAAUAAAAAAUCGCGGUGAUCAUCUCUUCAAAAGUGGUAUUUGGGCCGAUUGUCGUUUUCUCGUCGGUGGAUCGGAAAAUAAUCAACAAAUUGUAUCAGGCCAUAAGUUAAUUCUAGCCAUGGCUAGUCCAGUUUUUGAUGCAAUGUUCAAUGGUACGCUUCCUGAGAAAAAUGAUCCAAUUCCUAUACUUGAUGUGCAACCGGAAGCUUUUAUUGCUCUAAUGGAGUACAUUUAUACUGAUCGAAUUGAGAUAACAUCGAUGGAUAAAGCAUGUGAACUCUGUUAUGUUGCGAAAAAAUACAUGUUGCCAGUCGUUGUUCAGCGCUGCACUGAAUUCUUAUGGUCCGAUCUGAAUGCAAAGAAUGUGUGCCGUGCAUUUGAGUUCGCAAAACUUUUUGAAGAACCUGCAUUGGCCGAAAGAUGUUUACAGAUUAUAUGCAGUCAAACCACUGACGUCUUAUCAUCACCCAGCUUCGAAGAGGUAGAAUUAUCCACAGUUUUAACUAUACUUGACCAAGAUUGCUUACACAUUGAUUCGGAAUUGAAUUUAUUCUCUGCAUUGGUACGAUAUGCAGAAAAGCAUGGACAUGGUAAAUUAAUAUCCAAAGAAGAAGCUGAUAUGAUUGAUGUGGAUGCCACGGAAGGUGGACCAUCCAAUCCACCAGCAAAUGCAGGGCCAACAUUUCGAGAUGCAUUGAAGAAAAUUCGCUUUCUAUUGAUGACACCCAAGCAAUUUGCUGAAAAUGUACCGCGCACAAAUCUUCUUUCUACAGCCGAAUCGUUUGCAAUUUUAAUGAACAUCGCUGCAUCCAAUAAUGACAUCCAUCCAAUGCCACCUGGAUUCUCAACAUCUUCAGAAUGUCGGUCGAUCUCUCAAACUUCUCCUCAUGCCAAUUCGAAUGCAUUGAACUAUUAUCAUGAGAAUUCAUCUGAUGGCCAUCCAAUGUUUCCGCUCCCGUCAUCGUCACAUGUCUAUAUGCCAUUGGCAAAUUCAAGCCUAAAUAACUUUCAUGUGCGUACACGAACCAAUCCAUCGAAUAAAUUUCGUGAACAACAAGCACAGCCAUUAUCGCGCGAUAUGCUUAUCGACGUAACAGAAACACGACGCUUUUACUGUGUACGACCGAUUAGAGAGCAAAUUGACUAUUUCAAUACAAGUGUGUCUGAUUGUGCCCUGACUUUCACCGUCGAUCGAAAUAUUUGCAUCACUGGCAUUCAGGUAUCGACUCAAGUUUUGGGCGAACAAUCAAUGCAACAGGGAAGUCUUCCCGAACGAUAUUCUGAAUUGCUCUAUGCUCAUUUGUUGGAUUCAUAUGGAACACGCUUGACAUACACACAUUGCACAUCAAAUGUGCGUUUCGAUUCUGUACUGGAAAUUUCAUUCGAUCAUCCCGUACAAAUACACCGAAAUCGAUUCUAUAAAGUUGGUGUGGCUUUCAAUAAAGUGGGCUGGUACCCGAUGUGUACCUGUGUUCCGUCGGUGACAUGCGAGGGAGUUUGUUUCGAUUUUCGAGUUGAUGGACCAAAUGGUGAAUCGCUUCGCGAUGGUUUGAUUCGUUCGAUUGUUUUUACCUAUCCGCCACGCGGAGAAAACGACUGAGAAUCCCUUCAUUUGAGCCAUUGUGCAAAAGUUCGACGAAAGAACUUACAUAACUAAAUAAACGCGUACAGAUAAGAGACUGAUAUUGAUGCAAUAUGUUCCUCUUUCAUUUGGGGAUAUCACACUGUAAUUUCAUAAUGUAGUAUGUAUAGGUAUACUAAUAUAUGCGUGGCUUAUAUUUUCUACUUCAGUUCUGGUAUAUUGAAAUUGUGCUUAACUCCAUUGAUCAAGCUGCAUGAUUGAAAAAUCAUUUGUGUUUUUUUUUAAAGAUUAAAAAUCAAAAAACAAAUCAAAGUGCUUCAUUAAAUUGAAUAU